AAAUGUCAGACUGAGCACUUUGGAUGGAAUGUGGUCAAGGUUCCUUUAUGGCAUGGAGCAGUGAUGUAUUUCCUUACCUUUUGUGAGGGACUGGAAUCCUGCCCAAUCAAAUUUGAGGGGGGUAUUUCAAACCUUGGAAGAAACCUGUUGUGAUAGAUUUAUGGUAGAUCUAGCCAUUUAUUUCUGUUCAGGCCCCUAGUCCCCAGCAACUUAUGUUGCAAAUCAGUAUCUCUGAUCUGAAAUACCUGGAAUUGUUUGGAAAACAGCAUCUGGAAACAAACUGAAAGGCCAGAUCAUCCCAUAAUAUUUCAACAAGAAAGUAAAGAUUUGAAAUAUGAAUGACCGUGAAGCGGAGAUGCGAACAGCCAUUAAUCUCAAGCUAGUAGAGACUGGAGAAAAGGAGAAGCUGAAGGAGCUUCUGCGGACUCGCCUCAUCGAGUGCGGCUGGCGGGACCAACUGAAGGCCCAGUGUAAGGAGGUGGUGCGCGAGCAGGGCCUGGAGAACGUCACAGUCGAUGAUCUCGUCACCGUCAUCACACCCAAGGGCCGAGCACUUGUCCCGGACUCUGUAAAGAAAGAACUUCUUCAGCGCAUCAAAACCUUUUUGGCACAGCAGACCAGCCUGUGACGACCUUUUUGAAGACAUCGUGGUUGGUCGCGCGGACGUCUGGUGUCAUGGAGCCUUCGCAUGGGUUACCAAGUAGCCCACCUCGUAGCGCUGACCUUACCAGAGGCCAUUCGGUGCGGAGAAUGAAAGCGGGCCAAGGUAUAUGUUAGGAUGGUGAUGGCACGCUUGAUGACAGUGUGCUCUCGGCACCUUUGCUGUAAGUGUCCUGUUGGCACUGUCGCUGUGAGAAUUAGGACCUGCUCGUGUCGUUCGUAGUUGUCGUCUGUCAUCAUUUGGGUCUGGUUCAUUGCCGCAAUCUGUGAUCAGUCCUGAACCGCUGUUGUUUGUGAUUCACGUGUGACUGAAUGUGGCGCCCAGACAGCAUUAUUCUUGUCGCCACCUGGCCGUUCGUCCGCUGAACUAGCAGAUGUGGAAACGAAUGGGGUCUGGGUCACGCUUUGUCCCGGCGGCGACGGCGGGACAAAUGGGAUAAUGCUCUUUCACAGAAAUACACAAUCCACUGCAGCUGCUGUGUGAAGCUUUCUUC